UAAGGAGGAGGGGCCGAACCAGCGUAAAGAUGGCGGCGUCCUUAGACGAUGAAUUAGAGUUGGAUAACCAAGACUAUUAUUCUCUUCUCAACGUCAGGAAAGAGGCCACUCAGGAUGAGCUGAAGGCUUCCUAUAGGAGGUUGUGUAUGCUCUACCACCCAGACAAACACAGAGACCCAGAGCUGAAGAGCCAGGCAGAGCAGCUAUUUAACCAGGUGCACCAGGCCUAUGAGGUGUUGAGUGAUCCUCAGUCCAGGGCCAUCUAUGACAUAUUUGGGAAGAAAGGCCUGGAGGUGGAGGGCUGGGAGAUUGUGGAGAGGAAGAGGACCCCAGUAGAGAUCCGUGAGGAGUAUGAGCGGCUGCAGCGAGAGAGAGAGGAGAGGAGGCUACAGCAGAGGACCAACCCCAAGGGUACCAUUAGUGUGGGAGUAGAUGCCACAGACCUGUUUGAUCGCUAUGAUGAGGACUUUGAGGAGAUGCCAGGAGGAGGAUUCCCUCACAUCGAGAUCAACAGGAUGCACAUCUCCCAGUCUAUUGAGGCUCCGUUGACUAACUCUGACACUGCAAUGCUGUCUGGCUCUCUCUCCACACACAACGGCAACGGAGGAGGCAACAUCAACAUGACUGUCCGCCGUGUCACCUCUGCCAAGGGCUGGGGAGAGUUGGAGUUUGGUGCAGGGGACAUACUGGGACCUCUGUUUGGGAUGAAGGUGUUCCGUAACCUGACUCCACGAUGUUUCCUGACGGCUCAGUGUGGAAUGCAGUUCUCUCCCCGUGGCGUGCGUCCCAGCUGUUCUUUAAUGACAGCUCGUCACCUAGACCAGAACACGAUGGGUUACCUGCAGUGGCGAUGGGGACCCCACAGCUCUAUGACCACUAGUGUGGUCCGAGACACCAAGACCAGCCACUUCACCCUGGCACUGCAGCUGGGUGUCCCUCACUCCUAUCUGAUGAUGAGUUACCAGUACAAGUUCCAGGAUGAGGACCAGACCAAGGUCAAGGGAUCGAUCAAGACUGGUUGGUUUGGUACAGUGGUGGAGUAUGGAGCAGAGAGGAAAAUCAGUCGGCACAGUGUCCUGGCUGCUACUGUCAGUGUCGGAGUACCACAGGGAGUCACCCUCAAAAUCAGGUUGGCUCGUGCCAAUCAGACCUAUCUAUUCCCAGUCCACCUGACAGACCAGCUGCUGCCCAGUGCAGUGUUCUACGCCACUGUGGGGCCUCUACUAGUCUACAUGGCCAUACACAGACUGGUCAUUAUACCAUACACAUGCUCCCAGAAACAACAAGAUCUGGAGCUACAGAGGAAGAGCUCAGAAGUAGACAUGGUCAAGAAGAAACAAGAGGCGGAGUCAGCCGUUCUGCUGAUGCAGGAGUCUGUGAGGAGAAUCAUCGAGGGAGAGGAGUCUAAGAUGGGUCUGAUCAUCCUGAAUGCGUGGUAUGGAAAGUUUGUGACAGACAACAGCGUGCGGCAAGAGAGAGCUCAGGUUAUAGACGUUACUGUCCCUCUGCAGUGUCUGGUCAAGGACUCCAAACUCAUACUCACCGAGGCAUCAAAGGCGGGGUUGCCAGGUUUCUAUGACCCGUGUGUAGGAGAGGAUAAGAGUCUGAAGCUGCUGUAUCAGUUCAGGGGGGUGAUGCACCAAGUCCUCUCAGCAGACACUGAGGCUCUACGGAUACCCAAGCAGUCUCACAGAAUCGAUGCUGAGGCGUAGGAACCCUCUGUUAUGGGAGCAACAAGGGGCAAGUGGAGACAGACGCAGACAGACAGACAGAUACAGACAGACAGACAUUGACAGACAGACAGACAGACAGACAGACAGACAGACAGACAGACAGACAGACAGACAGACAGACAGACAGACAGACAGACAGACAGACAGACAGACAGACAGACAGACAGACAGACAGACAGACAGACAUUGACAGAAGGACUGACAAGCAGAGGUCGAGAGUCAAACAAAGGGAAUAGAAAUUCUCUCUUUCCCUAUCACAUUUAUGAAUUCAGACAUGAGUUCCUCUUCUCUCUCCGCUCUCAAAACCCACUAGAUUCCUCUCUUUUAGCCAUUGUAGUUUCCACUGUGUGUGUGUGUAUGUCUGUAUGUGUGCGUGUGUGCGUGUAAAAUGUACUGAAAUCUCCCUCUCUCCUCAUCUCCCCAGAAAGGUGCAAUAUGACUCACGGUGUACAUAUCAGUAAAGUCUGCUACAGUUAAUAUUGUAUAACUAAUAUACCACUGUACUAUACUAGUUGUACUCAUGUUUUACACUACUAACUCAUGCGUUACGGUUAGAACAGAACUAUGCAUGAAAACGUGUUCAUCAGUACCACUAUACUGACACCCAGCACUACACUUGAAGGCAAAAAAAAUAUUGUUUUGUUAAUAAUUGACGUAUUAUUAUUAUUAUUAUUCCUUGGAAGCGAUGUGUCUGCUGCUGUUGUUGUGUGGGGCAGGGUCUAAUUAUCUGGGUGACAGUCAUUCUAAUAACACAUAAGGGUACACCCAUAAGGGUUGAAAAGAAUUCUGAGAAUAUUAACACUGGUCUAUUUUUAAGGCACCCCCAGUAGCCAAUGUGUGAUUGGAGCCCUGGUAGGCUGGGUUGAGUUGACAUGACUGAGACGGAUGCUGGGGAAGCAACAGUGAAGAGUAGAGAGAACGUCCAAUGAUGUCAUUCAUUCGGAAAGUAUUCUGUAUUUUCCAUUUUUUUUAAACUUUACAGCCUUAUUCUAAAAUGUAUUAAAUAAAUAAAGAUCCUCAGCAAUCUACACACAAUACCCCAUAAUGACUAAGUGAAAACAGGUUUUUAGAAAUGUUUGCAAAUGUAUUAAUAAUAAAAAAUAGAAGUACCUUAUUUACAUAAGUUUUCAGACCCUUGUCUAUGAGACUCAACUGAGCUCUGGUGAAUCCUGUUUCCAUUGAUCAUCCUUGAGAUGUUUCUACAACUUGAUUGGAGUCCACCUGUGGUAAAUUCAAUUGAUUGGACAUGAUUUAGAAAG